UGGCUUGUAUCAGUGUUUUCUGAACAUAACAGAAUACUUUUUUCCUCUGCCCCCAAAAUGAGAACAUUAACGCCAUCUUCUGUAUCUUCAUUAUUUCCGUCCUCAAGUACAUUUCAUUUUUUUUGCUGUCCUUUUAAUUGAGCGAGUUAAAAGCAUAAUUAGCAUUUCAAUCUUUCCUACAGUCUCCCUCCGUCCUCCUCCUCGCUCUCUCUCUCUCUCUCUGACUCUACAUGUCUCUGUCGCUAAGGCAACCAAUGCCUUUUCCUACUCGCUCUCUAUAUCUCCCCCUUUCUCAUCGUCUCCCUCAUUCCCUCUCUCUUCAGCCAGAGGUAGGCAUGUUAACUGAUAUCUGUCUGAGUGAAUGUUGUGUGCGUGCUUGUGUGACAGUGAGUUGUCUGCUGGUGGGUGUGUGAGAGAGAGAGAGUGUGUGUUCCUGUCUGGUUGACUGAGUGACAGCGGUAGUAGAUAUGAAGUCAAUCUUUCUGGAGCUAAAAGUACCACCUUAUGGGAUAUUGGCCCCAUGAAUGCGUAUGAUGAAUGUUUUGUGCACAGCCGUGUGCUUGCAUGUCUGAUGUGCGAACUGUAUAAGCAUGUGGCAAAAUUAAGCGCUCAUUUUGGACAGCCAGGAGUGCCACUGCCCAGGAGAGAGAGAGAGAGAGAGAAAGAGAGAGAGAGGGGUGUGUGUGUAUUCCUGUACUGCCGUCUAUGAGUGUCUGUUUACAUUUUCAAUAUCAGUGUCAGAAGAGAAGUGAACCCUCCCUCUCUCUCUCUCUCUUUUCUUUUUCUUCUUUCCUCCCAGAGAGAGAGAUGAUCGGAGGAGUUGGGGCUCAGUGAACAGAACGAAGCGAUGGAGAGAUGCUCCAUCUCUCCUGUCAAACGACUGACCGCCCACCGCUGCCUUUUAUUUCUCCUGGUUGCCGCGGUGACGCGACCCUCAACCUGUAACCGUGACGACGAGGGCGAGGGGCAGGUGGAGGCCUUCUCAGCCCAGCUGUCCAUCACAGGACAGGUCACACCCACCCCUAUUUGGUCCGUGGACUGGGGCCCCACACUAGCCCUGGAGGACGAGACGCAUCACUUUCUGUCCAGCCAGGAAGCGGACCUGUACCACCAUGGCCACGAAGUCCCCACGACAACCGCUGAGGCCUGGCUGCAUCAUCAGAGUGCACCGGGCAGCGUUUUGCCCCAGGAGCCCCUGGAUCUGCUGGAGGCCCCGGACGCAGAAGGAGUGGAGGAUGGAGGAAGUGAGGCAGAGGAGAGAGAGCCUGAGGAAGUGGACCCUCAGUUUUACGUCACAGUGACCAUCUCCUCUCUGCUCAUCCUGACUGCUGUCAUCAUAACAGCCAAACUCUGGAUCCCCGUGGUGAACCUCUGAGGCUUUUCUACGGGAUGCGACGGAGAACGUCAACACCGCCGGAGGGUGUGCCCGUCGUGGCCCACCGCGUUCUUCUAUUUAUCUUUGACUGUGAAAAUGAACUUCAGGAAACCAGGUAUCCAGCCAUGGCAAAACCUCUUUUUCCCUCCAUCCCUUCUUCCUGACGGAGAAAAGCCCGAUCUCAUCCCUUCCUUCCUGCUGCCAUCCUCCCACGCCUCUGUUCUCCACUUUCCUAUGGCUCUCUGUCACUGUCGACCGACCGAGCCUUCCGCUCUGUUUUAUAUUCCGUUGUCUGUACUGCCCCGGGCUGUAGCAGCAACACACAUACAGCUCCCUCUGCUUUAUCCGCUUUGACUAAUUCACAAGCAAACAGUGUUAGAUAUCAAUAGAACGUUUCAGUCCCGCCGGUGCCAAAACCGCAUAGCUAUAUGGGGAAUAUUUUGGAAUAUUCAUACAGCUAUCUUGUGUAGCUGAACCUUGAACUAUGAUGAAAUAGUGGACUUGGUUGUUGAAACUUAGUUGAACGUGAAAUAUGUGUGUUAUCUGAAACUGAAAUAUAGGUUUUCAGCUAGCUGGUGAAGGGUUAAAACAAUCCCUGUUGCCUAGGACUGAAGGGGGUAUUUCACAAAGCUGGUUGGCAAUGUUUUCGCCAGCAGCCAAUGUGCUUAACACGACACGGUCCAAAAAUCGCUGUUUACUCCCGCUUGGAAGCUUGGAAUGCAAAUAGGCCCACUGCAGCUUCCACAUUCGCAAUGUGUUUUCUGGGUGUUUUUUAUUCCCUAAAUUAUUCUCUUCAUUUGUUCCUUUAAUUUUCUCGCUUCUUUGCCGGUUCUCUUUGUUGUGCCUUUGUGAGCGUGUUAUUUUGUCUCUGGAGCAUGGGGAUGAGCAGUGUUUUAUAUAGUACUGCUCUAUAUAGGGUUGUGAAAUUCUGUACUUUUCCCAAAACUCCCAGGUUUUCCAGCCAAGAUUCCUGGAAUUAGGAGGGAAGGAAAUACAGGAAUUUCCCAACCGGGAUUACUGGAAAACCAGGGAACUUGCGGAAAGUUAUCCUUGUUGUAUAUGAAAAGUGGUUUAAACAAUGUGCAAUACAUGUUUGCAUAUAUUGCAAUCAGUACAAUCAAACGAUACAUGUGGUACAAUCAAUGGUGGUUGCAGGUUAACAUAAUGGGUAUAAAUGAUUCAGUCCAGAAUUAAUGAGUCAUAUUACCAUCAUCUGUUGUUUCUAUCAAAAUUCGUCACUGACUUCAAAGCUUACACUAGUGUUUACUGUAGGAUGUUAGGGUAAUUUACCUGUCCAACUCUUCCACCAGCUUUGAGAAAUGACCCUCUGGACUUCCACUACACUAGUACACAUAGUGUUGUGACAUCAUACGUGACUCGUGUCGUUCUGCAGUCUAGUGUUCCUUGGUUCUCAGUAGCAUACCUGUAGACGUGUGGUUCCACUGUAUGAUGGAAAAACAAUAAAAACUCAACACUGGUGUUUUA